AUGACCGUCGCAUAUGACAUGUCACACCGCGGCUGGUCAUCCAGCUCGCAGUCCGCUGCUUGCCUGGAGGACAAGUUUGAGAUCAUCAAGGACAUUGGUGAUGGCAGCUUCGGCAGCGUCUCGCUGGGCCGGACGAGGAGCGCUGGCGCCCAUAUCGUUCGACGAGGCACGAUGGUGGCCAUCAAGACGAUGAAAAAAACAUUUGAGAGCUAUGCACAAUGCAUGGAGCUUCGAGAAGUCAUCUUCCUCAAGUCUCUACCCAACCACCCUCACCUCGUUCCAGCUUACGAUAUCUUUCUUGAUCCACUGAGCAAGAAACUCCACAUUGCCAUGGAAUACAUGGAUGGCAAUCUGUACCAAUUAAUGAAGGCCAGAGACCACAAGCCUCUCGAUGGGACCAGCGUCAAGAGCAUCCUCUUCCAGAUUCUUGGCGGUCUGGAGCACAUUCACGAACACCACUUCUUCCACCGAGACAUCAAGCCCGAGAAUAUCCUCGUUUCAACGUCGGCGCCAGACGCUGGAAACACGUUCAAACGCUACUCACAGCUCGUCACACCUCCCUCAACACCGCCAGCGUACUCGAUAAAGAUUGCAGAUUUCGGUCUGGCGAGAGAAACACAUUCGCGUGUUCCAUACACGACGUACGUUUCGACGAGGUGGUAUCGCGCUCCAGAGGUCCUGCUGCGAGCGGGUGAAUACUCAGCACCGGUGGACAUCUGGGCAGUGGGCGCAAUGGCUGUCGAAAUCGCGACACUGAAGCCACUUUUCCCAGGCGGCAAUGAAGUUGAUCAGGUCUGGAGAGUAUGCGAGAUCAUGGGCAGCCCAGGUUCGUGGGUGAACAAGCACGGUCAGAAGGUUGGCGGUGGUGAAUGGAAGGACGGCAUAAAGCUGGCACAGAAGUUGGGAUUCUCCUUCCCAAAGAUGGCACCACACUCACUGGAGACGGUACUCGCAGCGCCCCAAUGGCCUGCGAGUCUCGCUCAGUUCGUUACUUGGUGUUUGAUGUGGGAUCCCAAGGUGCGACCGACAUCCAGGCAAGCACUCGAGCACGUAUACUUCCGCGACGCAAUCGACCCACUGCGACCGAAGAGUAGCGGUCGCGCUCUGGGACGAAAAGGAUCAACGCUUGGAAACAACGAGCCCGCCGAUGCACAAACUCUGUCCACGAAAACUUCCCUCUGGUUUAGGAAGUCACUGGGAGCUCGUGACACGGGCGCAGCUCCAGCUGUCCCGGAGCACAUGCACCUUACCCAAACUCAAUCACCUCGGCCAUCUCCUGUUCACGCCAAUACUACCGAUCCAGCAGCCUACGUGAGUAAGAGCAGGCCGGCUGCUACCAAACGAGCGACUUGGACGAACGGUGCUGCCUCGAACGCAGCUCCCAUCCCCAUUCUGCCCUCGAUUCGACCCAUCUCCCCUCUACCUGAUCAAUCUGUUGCACAAGCAAGCGCACGACGGACUGAGCAACCAGAGGAGCGACCGGGCAAGAAGAUUGGCCGUCAAUUGUCGGUCAAUUCACAGGGCAAUCACUACGCGGAUAUCCAUCGACAGGAGGCCGAGCGUGCUCUUACAGGUGCCAAUGGUCUCAAGUCACCUACUGGAAGCCAAAGGGAAAGUUUCUUUUCGCACCUGCGGAAGCGUGCCCGUCGACUCUCUGGCAGGACCCCAGGCCCGAUGUCCCCAGGUGCGGAGGAUCCGGAAGCCAGUGUCGGUUGUGCGCCGUGGUCUUCCAAUAACAGAGGAUCCAUUCAAGAGCCUCAACCGAUUGCGCCUGCCGCAUCUGAUCCUUCGACUGAUCCCAACUUCGCGGAGCUUGAUCGUGCUCUGCAGAAUGUACGAUACAGUCUCGACGCUGCAGCCAACCCGGCCAACCUGCAGCCAAAGCAUCCGACCAAGAUGCCCAGCAACCAAUCGCUUAAACGGCACCACUCUCUACCGUACGGCAAGGAGGAAAUCAUGUCCUCCCAGACUGGCGGAUCGACCUCGAACAGGGCGCGCAGGUCAUUGCGCCACGCUCCCAGCAGCAGGUACGAGACGCCUUGCGAGGAGGAUGAGCUACUCGACGAAGCCCUUGCAUCAGUGCACGCGGCUGCCACACGUCUGGAUAAGGGCAGGUCGAAUGUCGCUGGAACCUACCAGCCCUCACGGCCACCGAUCGGCCACGUCACAUCCGAGCCUGUGUACCCUACACCAUAUCUCACGCCUUCACAUUCGAAGGACCAGAUGAACGUGACUUACAGCUCGAACGAGUACACUCCAUCGAAGGCCAUCGACAUUCCACCCAUGAGGCCGCAGCAAAAGCCUGUCGUCAACCCUCAGUGGCCCACGCCUCCUUACGAUGAGAACGACUGGGCCUCCGCUGCGGCAGCAAGCAUCUUUGCGACCCAGGCACAAUACCAAUAG